AUGGUCGGUGGCGUGCAUCCUGCGAACCUAUCAAAAGCCCGGUAUACGCGAGGCACCACGGCACAAAACCCGAUCGUCGUCGAGGACGAGCCGCAGGUUCAGCAACAGCCAUGUAUCGGGAGACGGCCUACCCAUGCGUCUCCCUCGGAUCCCGCCCAACUACCUCCGCCCACUAGCGAACAGAUCCUGCGCACGCUGUUGAAGCAGAAGAACAUCUUCCCUGUGGUUGUGUCUUUGCUCCGACUCCUCGCCCCCGGUUCUCCUUCCCUCGCAUCGGUUCCGCCUGGCUAUCCUCACUAUCCAUAUCCCUAUCCAUAUCCCUAUCCAUCGUAUCCGAGCCAAGGUCCGGGUCAAGCGCAUACAGCCUUCCAAAGUCAAGCGCACACAUCCUUCCGGAGUGCAGCUGACGACAGUCGUCCUUCGAGUUCAUCUGGCGUGCCGCCGUUGAAGCGCCGUAAGUUGAACAACGUUCCUGCGGGUGCUGCGGACUGGGAUGUACCAUAUCCUUUCCAAGAGGGCCAGGGUCCGGAGAACUACCGGAAUGCUUGGGAGCAGGAACGAGGGGGUCGGCUUUUGAAGGACCUUGUACAUCUGGUGCAAAACGCAGCACGGAAAGCCGCGACAAAGGCCUGGUACCAGCAACAG